GCGCUUGCGCCACAUCAUCACGCCGUCUCUUGACUAUCUUCCUCAACCUUCCUGUCGAGGCCUCACAUUCGCAGUCUCACCCACCGGUACGUUGCGUUAUACGACUAUCACAAAAUAUUCUCUUGAUUCACUCUAGAUAUUUCUUGUUGACAUGCCUCAAAGUAACUCGGAUUUCAUCUACGUCCCACCAAAUUGGUCCCCAGAACCUCAAUCUUCUCCGUUCUGGCGCACUAAUCGACUUAAUGCGAAUAUCAAAACGGUGUCUUAUAUUGAUACUAUCCUUACUCUCGCUGCUGUCCUUGAGCUUCACGAUCCAAGGCAACGUACCUUUGAUGUCAUAGAACUGGUUUCCGAGGGUUCGUAUAAAAGACGCAAGGUACACAUCAUACCCAGUAUACAAGGCGUUCAAAUCAAUUGGCAUAUUGAUGAUGAUGAUGUUGGUCCAUCAUAUGUCGCGGUAUUCAUGGACAACCCUGGAUCCUGUGACCUCGCCUCACUGAAUGUCUCCCUCAGCGUCGCCUUUCUCAUUGUUCUUCAUCGUCAAGACGUUUCUCAUAUAUCCGCAACCUAUAAUACCUAUGAUGUCAGUUCAUCUCACGCCAAUUGGUUCCUCCUGCACUGCGCUUUAGGCUUCGAAGCUCUUCAGAGUGCCAGACCGUCAAGUGCUCUCAGGAGUACCUCUCUCAUUACGAAAGCUGAGGAUGCUCUUUUUUGCUCUCCCGCAAUACCAUCCCGAUAUGACGAGUCACAAAUCAGGGUACUUAAGUUUGACGUUGACUUUCUUCACCAAACGUUCCUGCGUCGUAUCCAAUACCAGCCACUUUCGGACUGCAUGCGAACGUCGAGCGGCACCGUCGUAUCAUGCCUAACAACCCACCUCAUUGCGGCAAGGCUAGCAAGUCGUCUGUCUCAGAUCGGGGUAUACAAUGGUGAUGUAGUAUAUAUCGGUCUUCAAGAUGCGUCGCACGUUGCGAUAUGCACCGUCGCGGUCUUGUAUACUGGCGCGGGAUUUGCGAUCAUGAGUACUCCUCCCGUAUGCGAGGCUCCUGUACUGUCGAGCCAAAAGAGCCUAGUUGUGUUGGUAGAACACUCUCGCGCGACCGAGUGGUUAGUUACUGCUACUCGGGCAGUACUUUUCGAUCCAACCGAUAUUAUCAUGGAACUCUCUACUAAGGAUCAAGUGUCACGCCUCCGAGAUAAUCUCGGAAAUGACACUUUCGCUAUUGGGAGCCCCACAUCCUCAAAGAUCGCCUACGCUGUAUCCACGAUGACCACCCAAUAUCAGGAAUUCUUGGUGGUGGAUCAUAGACAAGCAUGCGAUGCAAUGCGCAGGCAUCAUUCUCAGCUAUUUAGGGGGGCAUCCCCUCGAUUUGUCGUUUUAACUGGCGUGGGCAAUCAUUAUCUUGGUAAUGUCGUCUGGCAUGCUUUUUGGAGUGGUGCUGCGAUCACAUUCUUAGGCGAGAAUGACAAGGACAAGCUGCUCAAUCGUGUGGUUGAGUUCAACUGCAACCACAUAAUCGUUCCAGAGGACGAGUUUGAGCAAGUUGCUAAGAUUCUCAUCCACGCACACAAGUAUAUGCAUGGCCAAUCGGAAUUGCAUGAACAGGCAGGCGUUUCUGGUCUUCGCUCUCUGAAGAAUAUCGUGGUCUGCUGCCCAGGUCCAAUCACCGGUCAGUCAGUGGAAACACUGCGUAACGAAAGCGUUGAGACCAGAUCCGAUUACUCCGGGUUGCGUCAUAAUCUUAAACCAACGAUCAAACACCCAAUCGAAGUCUUAUAUUCAGACCCAGCCGAACAUGACGUGGCGCCUCAUUAUAUCCUUGAGAAAAUACCAACUGGAACACUUCCUCAUGCAUCUUUUGGGGCCGUGGUCAAGAUUUCAGAAUCCCUCCUAGUCAAAUAUAACCAAAGGGUGAGGAAGGCCGAGGCGGAUAUGAUGAUCUAUGUUCAGCUGCAUACAACAAUUCAUGUACCACGGGUCAUCUUGAUCUUUCGACAGGGCGAAGUAACUUAUAUUGUUAUGGAACUUGUGCCGGGACGCAACCUGCAGGAAGUCUGGGAUGAUUUGGACACCGUUACGCGGCAAACCGUAAUGGCACAAAUAUCCUCAUAUAUCGGACAGAUGCGAGCUCUCCCUAGGCCGUCUGGCGCCGCCGCACCAGGACCUAUCGAUGGGUCCAGAUGCAGAGGACCUUGGUUCACGUUCUAUGAUGCAGGACCGUUCGAUACCUAUUCAGCCCUGUCUGAAUGGCUAAAUCACAAACUUGAUAUAUCCUUGAGAUCUUUGGAACAUGUCAAACCAGGAGUAUCCUCUAGGCAUCGUAGGUUCACCACGGAUCAUCCCCUCGUGUUGACACACCAGGAUCUUGCACCACGCAACUUCAUGCUCGAUUCCGACAAUCAUGUGUGGAUGCUCGAUUGGGAUUCCGCCGGAUGGUACCCCCUCUACUUUGAGUACGCGUGUGUAAGGCAUGAUAGGGGAGGAGAUGGUGCACCCAUUCCGGAUGGAUGGAAGGAAGCAUUACUGACCUGUUUGGAAGAAUAUGAGGAGGAAUAUCAGCUGUUACUAACGAUCGAAUGGGUGCUGACAGUGUAUUUCUUUCACUAGACAGUAUUGGAAAUAUAUAGUUGUCAGAUAGAAUCCGUGUAUGUUAAUGAACUCACCAGCUAGAUCGUGCAGCGUCGUAUAGGAUUUAGCCACAAUCCAAUAUACAAGUUCCUGACUUUGUUUUCCAUGUUUUACCUUAGGU